AUGUCAAAAUUUGAUCAAUUUAUUGAAGAUUUUGAUAAAACAUUAAACAAAGAUACAUCAACAAUAUCUACACUAUCCUCACCAACAGACACACAACCCCCAGAUAUGGACUUGAAACCAUUAUCACCAAUCCCACCGGGGACUCCAAACACCCAGCAACAUCAAAGAACAACAUCACAAUCCACACCUACAAAGCCUCGUAAAAACUCAGUCUCAUCCCAUCCAUUAUCACCAAACCCUUCAAGUGCGCGUAAGAAAGGCUUGAACUUGAACAUAGCAAUGAGCAAGAACUCUACACCGAAAAGGGUCACCUCAGGGACGGAUAUGAAUGAAGUUUUAAGAAAGAUGGCAAGUUCAGAGAUGAAGAUUGUGGAACUGAAGGAUGAAUUGAAACUAUUACAAGGUCGUAUUGCAAGAGAGGAGGAAGAGUUGAAUAGAUUGAGGAGUAAAGUUGCUAGGAAUUUGAAUAAUGUUCCGAAACCUAAAAAGUCUGAAGAGUUGUUGAAAGAAAAGAGAGAAAAUGAGAAAGAGAGUGGUGAUGGAAAGGAAUCUUAUUGGAGUAAACCAUUAACGAUGUUGAAUCAAUUUGAUCAGAUGUUACAAAAUGAGAUGGAGAAACUGAAUAAGGAUCAGAAGGAGAAAGAUGAUGUUUUGAAAAGUGUUAGUAAUUCUUUAUGGAGUUUUGUAAGUGAUGUUAAACAAGGGUUAAUGGGUGAUGAUGAUCAGGAAAAGAUUUUAAAGAUGAAGGAAGCUCAAGGAAGGAAGAUUGUGGAUAAGAGUAUUGAGGAUGAGAGUGAUGAUGAGAAAGGUAAAGAGUUGAUUGAUUUCGGCGAUGAUGAUGAUGAUAGAGGUAAGGAGAAUUGA